UACUAUCUUGAACAAGUAAAAUAACUCGAAAUGCUUAGCAAUAUUACAUUAUUUCGCCUUGACAAAAUGUGCAUAGAUGAUGGAAACCUAUGUGAGGUUUGAUAAAAGUUCAGGGAUGAAGUGAAGUUCUGUAAUGCGCGGUUCAUACAAUAAACCGAUCUGCCAUUCCUGCCAAGCAGACUAUCAACGUGAUUGUGCCCCACGAAGUGGAAAGAGAGCAUGCUGCUUAGUAGACAGUGGAUAGCAGAAUAACACACUGGUCCCUGUGUACACACGCGAAGCUGCAACGCAAACCCAAAAAAUGCUGAAGACCGAUUGCUUUGAGAAGUAGAGCAGCGAGCAGAACCCCAACAGUGGAAGUACACUGGCAUAAGCAGAAGCCGCUGGUUGUAGUGUGCAGGCGUCGUCUGGUGUACAUUUGCUACGAGGCUGAGUGUUAUGCGUAGAGGCGAACGACAAAGUUGACUAUAUGGACCCUGCUCGCAAUAAACAAAGUUGUUCCAUCGACUCAAGAUACGAUAAGGGUGGUAUUUGCGCUUAUUGGGACGUGAGUGCCGUUAAAAGUGACAGUAGUGAAUUUGUUCGAACAUGUGUUGUUACUGAAACCUGCGGAAGAGCAAUAAGAUUACUAUUUCAGUGCAACUAAGGGAAAAGAAGAAAAAAAAAAGACUUCACCUGUCCUAGGACAGCGUUCUACCAAAAUCACAAGUUAAAUGAUGUGAGGACUGGAGGGUGUGCAAUAAUUGCUAAUCGUCAACUGCCUUCCCUCAACCCCGCCCAGUUUUGCUCGAGCGUGUUUCAGACGGGUUCUCCCUGAGGUGGCGACAGAAAUCAGUGGGUUGACGCAAGGAUUCGAUUUGUGUGCUACGUUUGUCUUGGGCAUCGGUUAGUUCGCCACCGGUUUGCCAAGAAGCAGUGAUUAGUUGCGACAUUGGCCGCACGGCCAUAUCGUGUGGCUUCAGAGAAGACGGCUGUUGUACGAAAGCGGCGGCCGUGUCUCACGAUUCUUCCCGCUUAAGAAAUGACUGACACAAAGCAAACGCAUUUAGAUACAAGUUUUAUGAGAGCACCGAAUGAAGUAAAGGGCAAAGGAUUUCUUUUGCUAAGAAAAUUUUUUGCAAAUAUUAUUUUCAGUCGUCCUUUUCGAUGUUGGGGCGCUAGUUGGUUCUUUUUGAUGACGCACCCAUUUCAUAUUCACUUUAUUCAUCACUAAUAAACACAAUCGGCGCGUGUUUUUAUUGCGCAACGAUGUUGCAAUUAAGUCAUAUUUAGCGAAUGCUGGAUUUUAUAACAAUAACGUAUGUAGAAUACACGUUCAUGUUUGGCCAGAAAUAUUCGAUCCGAAUAACAAGGUCUGUUGCGUCUAUCUUGCCACUGGCGUAGUAGUACCUGUUGCCUCGAUAUCUACUUAAGAGUCUGGCAGUUUUUCUAGUGAUCUGAUAAAAAAAUGAUACAAUUUUCCAUUUUGACAUAGAUCAUCUAAAUUCUAAGGACGUGAACAGUGUAACUUGAUUUGAAAUAAUAAAACUAGUCCCACGUAUUGAUUUAUUAUAGCGCGAUACGUGCUUCAUCAUUAUUUGAUUAACUAUGAUAGUUACUGUAACUAAGUUUGGGUUAUGCAUUUGUAGGCCUUGUUCGACUGUGUCGACCGAGACUGAGAGGUUCGGAGUCGCCCCGUUAUCAGAGCCGUUUAGCUACGUAGACACGUAACCAGAAAUUGAUUCUAGUAACUAAUUGGUCAGAAGUGUCAUGUCAUCGGUCGAAACACUUGCAGUAACUAUUCGAUCGGGCUGGACGUCUAAAUCCGGACUAUUCCUUAGCUGUUUCUAGAUCUGUUAUGUAAAGAAAAACAAACAAUACUUCAACAAAACUCCUUACAUGUACUACUUGUACCAUUCCUGAUGAUUAUAUUUAUGUCAAAGCCGCUAUUUACCUUUAUUACAUAGUCUUCUAUUAGAGACCUAAACCAUUAACUAGCCACAAAGAAUUUCUCCUUUGUUCUGCGAGUAGCUCUUUGUCAAGAGAUUUUGGUAAGUGUAAACUCGUUAAAACGAUGUUUUAGUAACUACGUACAAGAGAUCCCAGUGAGGUUAAAUUUUGGGCUGGAAGCGCUCCGAAUAGCCCAAAAUACAAAAGUCAAAAACCGUCGAAAAAUUCAAAAAAAGGCGCAAAAAGUCACAACAAGGUUAAUUGUCGGAGCUUAUCCGGACGAUCCAGUCGACAAUUAAUAUUCUGUUGUCUUUUCAGACGAUUGUUAUUUUUUUUAAUCAUACUAAAAAUGGCUCUUCAACCGUUUUAAUAAAUUUUUGAGCACUUUGCGACAAUAACGAAGAUCAUCGAUUUUAGGGUAAAGAAAGCAGUAUGCGUGAAGAUGAUAUAAUAAGUAACAUUCGAAAACUACGCACUGUUUUCCGCCAUGAUGAGUGCAUCAUAAACAAGAGAUGGGUGCAUACCUGCUACAACAAACAUUCUGCCAAAAUCUAUGGGAAUUUCAAUGCUCCAUCUUUUGUGCAGACAAUGUUCUAUGACUUCUCCCACAGCAUGUAUAUGUUGGAACACUUAAAAGGUUGCCCAUAGUGCGUGUUGUCGUGGAGCUAUCGAAAGCUGUUGGCACCCGACGCUGUGAGGCCUUGGGGCGGCGCCCCGUGGCUGGGGGUAGCAGAGAUGUUGGAGGCCUGCGGGGUUUGGCAUCCCGCGCUCCGGUCCUUGUCUUUGCUGAGACCUGCAACGGGCCGUCGCAAGUCUGUGGAGCGAAGCUCUCUCGGGAUCCGUCGGUUAGCCGGUCGGGUCCUAUCGAGUCUGAUAGCUCACACGAGCCAUGCCCUCCCGCAAGCAGUACAAUCUAGUCGCCGAUGAAGUCUUCGACACACGAGUUCCUUUACACUCUGACGACUUAUUCCAACAUGGCAUUUCAUUCAACGUCAAGUUUAUUGGUAGCCUGGACGUGCCCCGACCAACCAGCAGAGUGGAGAUUGUGGCGGCUAUGCGUCGAAUCCGAUUCGAGUUUAAGGCCCGGGCGACUAAAAAAAAAAAGGUGACAUUAACAGUAUCGGUAGACGGAAUCAAGGUUGUCGUUAGAAGAAACAGAAAUAGUCAGAAAGAUUUUUGGGAAUGGAAUGAGAAUGCAAAUACGCUGCUCAAUCACCCCAUAUAUCGAAUAUUUUACGUGUCGCACGACUCGGCCGAUCUCAAAAUUUUUUCUUUCAUUUCACGUGAAGGCGGUACCUCCGUGUUCAAGUGCAAUGUCUUCAAAGCGAUUAAAAAGAGUCAAGCGGCGGAAGUUGUUCGAACCAUUGGUCAAGCUUUUGAAGUAUGCCACAAACUUAAUCAACAACAAGGAGCUCUUGGAACCACAGACAAUGGUGGGUUAGCUCUGACCGGAACAAAUGCGAGCUCACUUAAUGGGGCGAGCGCCGAGAUUCUCGAGCACAAAGAACUGCUUGAAGAAGAUAAGAAGGAUACGUGUGAGGGUGCCACCCAAGACCUUGGACCACCACAGGCUAUUAUCAACGGCCAGGCCAAACAGCCUCAGACACCAUCGGUGAGUUCGGUUUCUGAAGCUCCACCUCCUUUUGGAGCCACUGACGUCGACUCCAGCCCCGCCUCGUUGGCAACGUUGCAUCAGUUGCAGUUGCUCCGCGCACAAAUGGAUUACCAAAGUCAAGCAGCAUAUCAGGCAUUGUCUCAAGUGAAGCUGCUCCGUGAACAACUGACAGCUGAAAAUGCUGCACGGAUCGAUGCCAUGAGUCAAAACCAGCUACUGACGCAGCAGAAUCGGGAGCUGAUUCAACAUAUUCAAAUUUUGGUAAAGCAGAUCCAAGAGUUAGAGGUGUCGGCUCGUUGUCAGCCGCCAGUCCUGCAAGAAACGUCGUUGAGUCCAAUCAGGGCUUCGAAUACUCCAUCGGUCUUUGAUUUUCCCGCCGGGGCAACUUCAUCGUCUGGACAAUCGACAGGUGGUCACUGGUUACAGGUGGGCAGCACAGGCGGACCACCGAGCGGAGGCUCGAGUCCUCGGCUUCCAGCAUCACCCAGCGUCGGCCCAUCGCUGCUUUCCGACCUUAACAAAUAUCGGCUGGAUGAAAGGCUCUGUCCAUUACAAGGAAACAUAGGCAUCGGUCAAUGUACACAACAGCAAGGCUCCUGGUCGGCUGGUGCAACCCCGUUAACGCCUCUGCCUCCGCUUAUCAACGGCUAUGGAACUCUACCAUCACUGAGUGCUGCGGGACCUUCACCAUUCAUGCGCCAAUAUAGCUUGCCAUUACCCGGAUCUAAAUCUAAUUUUCCAAGUCAUCUGCCUAAAAUGGAAAUGAAUAAACUCACCAUUAGUGAAUCAGUCUCGACAGCUAAUGAUAUAGGAACACUUCCACCAACUAUCAGCACUUCGAUGGGAGCGCAGUUCCGAGGACGCCAGGAGGAUAUUGUUGAAGAGACAAACACCCACUCGAAGGUGCGCCAAUGAAAGCUCCGUUUCAUCGAAGCCAAGCGCAAGCGACUACCAGCAACUUAUUUAAGGAGAUUAAUAAUUUCAUAGGCAAAGAUAAAAAUUAAUAAAUUAAAAAUUGUGUUUGUAUAAUAAAACAUUGUCUUCUA